UGUUUUUUUUUAGGCCUUUUCUUCUUUCCUUCGAUCCCUCCAGGCCGAAAACAUAAAUGAACGGCAUCGGACAAAAAACGGAAAGCAAAGAAAUGAAUGAGGACCGCAAACCCAUUGUUAAACAAAUUUACGUGGCCGUCAACCAAAUUUCAGGAAUUCCUCCUAACUCUAUGCCCAUCCAAUUCCAAUCUCAACUAUGCUGCAUACGGUCAUCUCAUCCAACACUUCACCAACCACAACUUCUCUCGCCAAGUCAAGCAACUUCAUGCGCGCAUCGUUCUCUUUUCAGUCAGUCCCGACAACUUCCUUGCUUCCAAACUCAUUUGUUUUUAUUCAAAAACCAACGGUCUUCCCCAAGCUCACCAUUUGUUCAACAAAAUUACCCAAAAAAGUACCUUCUCUUUUAACGCUUUGCUCAUAGCUUAUUCCCAACAUGACAUGUUUGCCGAUACUAUAAGAUUGUUUUCGAGUUUUGUUAACGUUAUUAGGCCGGAUAAUUUUACCAUUACAUGCUUAUUAAAGGCCUUAUCGGGUUCAGUUUCUGAGAAAUGGUUGGCUAAGGAGGUUCAUUGCUUUGUUUUGCGAGGUGGGUUCAAUGAAGAUAUUUUUGUUUCCAAUGGGUUGAUCACUUACUAUUCAAAAUGCGAGGAAUUUGGAUUGGCUAGGAAAGUGUUUGAUAAAAUGGGUGAAAGAGAUAUUGUGUCAUGGAAUUCGAUGAUUUCUGGGUAUUCUCAAGGAGGGUUUUAUGAGGAAUGUAAGGCCUUGUAUAAAGACAUGGUGGAUAGUUUAGAAUUUAGGCCUAAUCGGGUGACUGUACUUAGUGUUUUGCAAGCGUGUGGACAGUCAAACGAUCUUAUUUUGGGAAUGGAAAUUCAUCGGUUUAUAGUUGAGAAUUCGAUCGAGAUGGAUGUCAUGGUUUGUAAUGCUUUGAUUGCAUUGUACGCAAAAUGUGGGAGUUUGGAUUAUGCUAGUGAGUUAUUUGAUGGUAUGAGUGAUAAAGAUGAAGUUACUUAUGGCUCACUUAUUUAUGGUUGUAUGUUUCAUGGGUUCACUAACAAAGCUAUGGAGCUUUUCCGCAAAUUGAAACACCCUGUAUUGAGUACAUGGAAUUCUUUGAUUUCAGGUUUGUUUCAGAACAAACAGUAUGAUGGGAUUUUGGAUUUAGUCUUAGAAAUGCAAGCGAGUGGUUUUAGACCCAAUGCUGUGACGCUUUCAAUCAUUCUUCCUACCUUUUUGUAUUUUUCAAACCUGAAAGGAGGAAAAGAGAUACAUGCUUAUGCUGUUAGAAACAAUUUUGACUGUAACAUCUACGUUGUGACUUCCCUUAUUGAUACCUAUGCAAAGCUAGGGUAUCUCCUAGGGGCACAAAGGGUUUUUGAUCAAUCAAAAUGUAGGAGCUUGAUGGUUUGGACAGCAAUAAUUGCAGCAUAUGCUGCCCAUGGAGAUGUUAAUGCAGCUCUAGGUUAUUUUCAUAAGAUGCUUAAUAAUGGAAUGCAGCCAGAUCCUGUCACAUUCACUGCACUGCUGUCUGCUUGUGCUCAUUCUGGAAUGGUAGAUGAAGCUCAGAAGAUCUUUGAUGCCAUGCUUAGAGGAUAUGGCGUUUCACAUUCAGUUGAGCAUUAUGCUUGUAUGGUAGGGGCUCUAAGCCGAGCAGGGAGACUUUCUGAAGCAACAGAAUUUAUUUCUAAAAUGCCAAUUGAACCAAAUGCUAAGGUUUGGGGUGCAUUGCUACAUGGGGCUUCAGUUUGUGGUGAUGCUGAACUUGGGAAGUUGAUUUGUGAUCAUUUGUUUGAGAUAGAGCCUGAGAACACUGGAAAUUAUAUCAUCAUGGCAAACUUAUAUUCACAAGCUGGCAGAUGGAAAGAAGCUGAUAUGAUCAGGGAAAAAAUGAGGAAUGUUGGGUUGAAGAAGAUCUCAGGCUCUAGUUGGAUUGAAACUAGUGGAGGAUUUGAAAGCUUUAUUGCAAUGGGUAGAUCAAGUGAAAGAACUGAAGAGAUAUACAUUUUGUUAGAAGGGUUGCUUCGUUUGAUGAAGGAAGAAGGUUAUACUUUGCAUGAUGAGUUUGAUGAGGAGAAUGUUUAUGUUUGAACCUUGAAUUUACACAUCAGCAUAAUCAUUGCAAUUAGGAUUACACUCAAGGACUAAAAUGCACCCUUGAGGCUUUUAUGGUUCAAGAAAAAAAAAGAUUGUUGUGUCUCAGUGAAGAGAUCAACUCAUUAUGACCUUGGCUAAGAUGUUGAGGACAUUGGAUCCUUAAUGCAUUUCUCUUUUAAUUCUAGCUGAAAUUGAUACUUCUAGGCUAAAGUGAAGAAGUACUUUCCAACUAAAAUACUGUCACAUGUAAGCUUUCUAUUUUCUCUCCUGUUGCAAAUUUAUCUUUUGAACUUGAUCUGAGCAUUACUUUAAAACAAUUUAAGCCUUUAAUCAUCACACCUUGCUGACAUGGAAGUCUCCAGGAUCAUCUUUAUUUGUUUGCUUGGUAGUCUUUGGAGGUUUGCUUUCUCUUAUGCUAGUGGAAAACCUCUGCUUGCGCCUGAAGCAUUCUACCAUGCAAAUUUGUUGACAUAGUAUUUUAUUGACAUCUUUCCUUUGGUCGUUCCCGGGUCCCUCAUGUCACCUUUAGGAAUUAUGGAAUAUUUCCUGCUACUCUUCUAAUGACUUUUUUACGAGUCACUCUUUUGAGUCAUUUUUCAGUUGGUAACGUCCAAGAUUAAUAUUUCUAGUAGUAUUUGUUCUGUUGGCACUUUUUUUAUUGUUUCACCAUGGAUCACUACUGUAAAUACAUGUUGAUUUAUAGACCCUUAACAGAUUCUGUCAUUUGGAUGGGAAAAAAGACCUAACAAAUAUGCUUCGAUCCACUAAAUUUAUUUCCCCAAGGCAUUGGAGAAUGGGGAAAUGGGCUCAUUUACCAUGCAAGAAGAGAAAGAAUUGGAAUUUGUGAGUGUAAAGGGUGACAAUUGACCGUGAUGAGCGCACAACCUAGCCCUGUUCAUGGCUGCUCAGUUCUACCAAGUUUUCCCUAGCUAUAAUUUUGCUUUCAACAGACAAUAGGAUGGAGCUUGAGGAUAUGGGUCAAGCUUUUCUUUUUCUCUUCUGCUUGUUUUAUUGCUCAUCAAGUUUGUCGAGAUAAUGAAAAGAAAUCGAGUGUCAAAGGAGUUGAGCUGGACAUAAACUUGAGGACAAAAAACCAACAUUCCCAGCCCUUCCAUUAUAAUGCUACUCAACCAACACUUCCCUAUUGGAUCCACACACAUGUUUACCCAAACCUCUCAAAGCUCAAUCAAAUCCAUAUGUAUAGAUACAAUUUUGUCCAAAAUUUGGUGUCCUGGUAUAUCAAUUAUUGACUUUUUUCAGCUUUUUCUUUCACCCUAAAGGAUGUUAUAUAAAU